AUGGACAGCCAUUUGUCAAGAGCGGUGGUGGACAAGAAGCCGGUGCCCGAGAUCGACUUCACUCUACACACGAUGGAGGACGGGACACAAGUGAGCACACAAGAGCGUGUCUGCAAAGACGUCCAGGCACCUGCCAUGCAGGUGCCCACCGACGAACAGUUCUGGUCGCCACAAGACUCCUCAAAGCCGAAUCUGGCUUUUCUCAAGCAGCACUUCUGUCGAGAGGGCCGAUUGACCGAGGAACAGGCAUUAUGGAUCAUCAACAAGGGUGCAGAAGUCCUGAAAGCAGAGCCCAACCUUCUCGAGAUGGACGCCCCCAUCACAGUCUGUGGCGAUGUACAUGGACAAUACUUCGACCUCAUGAAGCUGUUCGAGGUGGGCGGUGACCCGGCCGAGACGAGAUAUCUCUUUCUGGGCGACUACGUCGACCGAGGGUACUUCAGCAUCGAAUGUGUACUGUAUCUGUGGUCACUCAAGAUCUGGUAUCCCAACACACUGUGGCUCCUGCGAGGCAACCACGAAUGCCGACACCUCACCGACUAUUUCACGUUCAAACUCGAAUGCAAGCACAAAUACUCAGAGAAGGUCUACGAUGCCUGCAUGGAAGCAUUCUGCUGUCUUCCGUUGGCCGCCGUCAUGAACAAGCAGUUCUUGUGCAUUCACGGUGGGCUGAGUCCAGAACUGCACACUUUGGAGGACAUCAAGAGCAUCGACCGGUUCAGAGAACCUCCUACGCACGGCAUUAUGUGCGACAUUCUAUGGGCUGACCCACUGGAAGAGUUUGGGCAAGAAAAGACUGGAGAGUUCUACAUCCACAACCAUGUCCGAGGGUGCUCCUACUUCUUCUCAUAUCCAGCGGCAUGCAAUUUCCUUGAAAAGAACAACCUACUGUCCAUCAUUCGCGCUCACGAAGCACAAGAUGCAGGGUACAGAAUGUACCGCAAGACGAGAACUACUGGCUUUCCUUCGGUCAUGACAAUCUUCAGCGCGCCAAAUUAUCUGGAUGUAUACAACAACAAGGCCGCCGUGCUCAAGUACGAGAACAAUGUUAUGAACAUUCGGCAAUUCAAUUGCACGCCCCAUCCAUACUGGCUUCCAAACUUCAUGGAUGUCUUCACCUGGUCGCUUCCCUUCGUCGGAGAGAAGAUCACCGAUAUGCUUCUUUCGCUUCUCAACAUCUGCUCCAAGGAAGAAUUGGACGAGGAUACUCCAUUAUCAGGCGGUCCGGUUUCACCUACCGCUUCAGAGGCCGAGUCAACUGAGGCCAAGCGCAGAGCCAUUAAGAACAAGAUCUUGGCGAUUGGACGUUUAAGUCGCGUCUUCCAGGUGCUACGAGAAGAGUCCGAGCGCGUCAGCGAACUCAAACUGCAGACAGGCACAGGCAAGUUGCCUAGCGGUACCCUCAUGCUUGGAAGUGAGGGCAUCAAGCAAGCCAUUCACAACUUCGAGGAUGCUCGGAAGGUUGACCUGCAAAACGAGCGUUUGCCGCCCAGCCCUGAGCAAAUAGAGCAUCGCGGUCAAGAAGAUCGGAAGGCUGCGAUCGACAAAGCCGUACGCGAAGCGGACAGCGAUGAAAAGAUCAAUGCCGUCGCUCGUCGCAUUUCUUUUGGGCAUAAGAACCCUGUUGGAAGCCGUCGCAGCUAG